AACGGGGAAGGGGGGGGGGGUGUUGUUUAGGCAUUUUGCCAAAAAAAGUAGUAUUUGAUAGACUCUGUUCCUCUCUUUUUUCUUGUGCCACUUAUCUCCUCGAUUGAGAAAAGAAAUUAAUGUGAUGUCAACUAAUGAUCUCCGUGAUCAAUUAGAUGGCCUUACAACGAACCCAAAUCGGAUUGAACUGGACUCCAGACCAAUGCGAUGCAACUCACAGGGUUUGAAAGGACACCAGGCGUUCAAGAAGAAAAUUAAGAAAGAUGCCAGGAGAGGAGGAAGGUAUCGAACCCAACCAGUGACAUUUACGGAAAUUCAGGAAGUGGAUGAGAAUCCCAGCCUAGCCACUCAUGCCAGCAUACAAGAUCAACUCAAGGAGACAACUUCGGGGAGCAUGAACGAAUCGUUUGGAGUUGAGACGCAUCCCCAAAGCCUUAAAUUACAGUUCGAAAAUUUUUCCCGGUCAAUAACCAUAAAGGCUCCCCUAAAAUCGGCCAGCCUCGCCCCUAACCCGAUCGAUCAUAACGAAGACGCAGAUGAGGGCAUGGACCAACUUGGUCAACUCUCGAUGCCGACAGUUUUUCGUGGGUCAAAUCGAGCGAAUGAUGUCGAUAUUGAUUUUCCCGAAGGAUUUUCCUUCAAAUGUCGACCCUCAAUAUAACAUUAAUUCAGAGGAGAUUGUGGAGAGGGAAUGAUUCGUAUCAAAUUCUAAAUUAUAGCUAUGUGUGCAUGAUGUCAAGAAAAUACAGCGAACGAAAAUUCAAAUCAAACACCUAUACCAAAUUACAGUAUAUUAUAUCUAAUACUUGUGCACUAUCUUCUAUUGCGGUUUCAGAAAGUAAAAUGUUGGAAGAACUGUUAUUUUGU